GGAAAGGAGAACAUUUUAACAGGGAUUCCCCAACAAAGAAUAGUAGAUCGAAGUUAACAAGCGACGAAUAUUACAGUGUAGAAAGAGACGAUCAUUUUGAGAGGCUUUCAAAAAUGGAAAGAGACUGUCGGGUCGCGGCUGAGCAGAUUUCACCAGAUAAAGAUUGCACGCAAAACAUGGAGGAGAUGUCGAAGAUUAUUGAAGAAAACAGACCGCUAGAACUGCAUCGCGCCGCUAAUUAUUCCCAAAUUUUGUUUUUCAAAACUCGACCAGAAGGGCUGGCCUCAGAACAGACAGGCCCAGGGAAGCAACCGCUCGACAAAGCAGUGCAGUCC